AUGACAGUGCCAACACACCAGGACGACCCCAGCGCACCCAGUGCUUCCUCUACUCACCAUGUAGACUGGGCCCCUCACCACGACUCCGACUCCGACUCCGGCGCGGACGGGCCUCAGAGCACACGCCUGCUCCGGGAUUCGGACCCACCCCGGAUCCGGCGCAACAACCGCACUCAACAUCCGGACCAAGGACCGGAGGCGGCCCCAUGGGGUCCUCGCCUCGGGCCGGCCAUGCCAUCGCCAAGCUCAAAGGAGGUCGUUGGCUGGAGAGAUUUGCCUCAAAAGAAGCAGCUCUUUGUCAUCACCAUGGCUCGGCUCAGCGAGCCUCUGGUCCAGACCUCCCUCCAGUCCUACAUGUUCUACCAGCUCAAGUGGUUCGACCCGAGCCAGCCCGACGCUGUCAUCUCCGGCCAGGCUGGUGUCCUGCACGCGAGCUUCACGGCCGCCCAGUUCCUGACCGCCAUGGUCUGGGGUCGUGUCGCCGACUCGAGACGUGCUGGCCGCAAAACUGUCAUUUUGAUCGGUUUGCUUGGCACAUUUGUGUCUUGUCUCGGAUUUGGCUUCUCAACCAACUUUUGGCAGGCUCUCAUGUUCAGGCUGUUAGGUGGUAUCACGAAUGGCAAUAUUGGUGUUCUCCGUACAAUGAUAAGCGAAGUCGUUCGAGAGAAGAACGCGGCCUUCAUGCUGAGUGCAACAAUCAUGACGUGGUUGUUUCUUGAAGAGACGCUCGACGCACGAGCCGACAUGCCCGACUACGGGAUCAUGCUUGGCAACAAGCUCGCUCGUUGUUUCAGUCGCGCAAGAGCCUUUGAUAUUGCCUACAAGCCGUUGCAUUCUCGAGACUUCAGCUCGAGCACUGUCAGCACGGACUUUCAGUUGUCGUCAGUGACCCCACGAGAUUCUCUCGAGGAUCGGCUUGGCCAGGAGGCGGACGAGGCAGUUGUCAAGGGCAAGCGUCCGCGAUACACCCAGCGGCUUCCAUUCCGCCGGAUCUUUACCCCCAAUGUCGUCCUCACGUUUGUCGCGCACUUCUUCCUCGCCUUCCAUGUUGGCACAUUCAACUCACUGUACUUUGUCUUCUUGUCAACCCCGGUCUACGAUCCAAAGAAGGAUCCAGAUCUGGCCCCAAAACUUCCUUGGAGGUUUACUGGCGGAGUCGGCCUGAAGCCCAGCUCAGUGGGGCUGGCCAUGGCCCUGGUCGGGGCAAUUGGCAUCACCAUGCAGCUUUUCCUGUACCCGUGGCUGUCGUCGCGGUUCGGCACGCUGCGGUCCUGGCGGAUGGCCAUGUUCCUGUUCCCGCUGGCGUACAUCACGCUGCCGUACCUGGCGGUCGUCCCGUCGACGAGCGCGCCGCCGGAGCCCAAGACUGGCGCCGCCGUGUGGAUGGCGCUCACGGGCAUCCUGCUGAUCCAGGUGACGGGGCGCACGUUUGCGCUGCCGGCCCAGGCGAUCCUUGUGAACAACUGCACGCCGCACCCGAGCGUGCUGGGCAGCGUGCAUGGGCUGGGCCAAAGUGCGAGCUCGCUGGCGCGGACUGUCGGGCCGAUCCUGUGCGGCUGGCUAUAUGGCCUGGGCCUGGAGAGGGGGGUUGUGGGAGCGGUGUUCUGGGGAGUUGCGGGCGUUGCAGUGUGCGGGCUCGUGGUGAGCUUCAGGGUGCGUGAGGGUAGUGGACACGAGAUCUGGCUCGAAGGCGAUGAAGAAUCUGCCUAG